AUCCCCCUAACUCUUUCCCAUCAACUAAAAUCCAAAUUCAAUUAAUUUGUCACACACACCUCCCAUCGCCUCCUCCGCAACCGAUACUUUUUCCGGCGAAACAAGAAUGGUGACCGUGGAGGAGAUCCGCCGUGCCCAGCGCGCCGAGGGCCCCGCCACCGUGCUCGCCAUCGGCACCGCCACCCCGCUUAAUUGCGUCGACCAGAGCACCUAUCCGGAUUACUACUUCCGCAUCACCAACAGCGAGCAUAAGACCGAACUCAAAGAGAAAUUCAAGCGCAUGUGUGAAAAGUCGAUGAUCAAGAAACGUUACAUGCACCUGACGGAGGAGUACCUGAAGGAGAACCCGAGCGUGACGGAGUACAUGGCGCCGUCGCUGGACCUGCGGCAAGACAUCGUGGUGGUGGAGGUCCCGAAGCUGGGGAAGGAGGCGGCGCAGAAGGCGAUCAAGGAGUGGGGGCAGCCCAAGUCGAAGAUCACCCACCUCGUCUUCUGCACCACCAGCGGCGUCGACAUGCCCGGCGCCGACUACCAGCUCACCAAGCUCCUCGGCCUCCGCCCCUCCGUCAAGCGCUUCAUGAUGUACCAGCAGGGCUGCUUCGCCGGCGGCACGGUGCUCCGCAUGGCCAAGGACCUCGCCGAGAACAACGCCGGCGCUAGGGUUCUGGUCGUCUGCUCCGAGAUCACCGCCGUCACCUUCCGCGGCCCCAGCGACGGCCAUCUCGACAGCCUCGUCGGCCAGGCCCUAUUCGGCGACGGCGCCGCCGCAGUCAUCGUCGGAUCCGACCCCGUCGUGGGAGUCGAGCGCCCCCUCUUCGAGCUCGUGUCGGCCGCGCAAACCAUCCUCCCCGACAGCGACGGCGCCAUCGACGGGCAUCUCCGCGAGGUGGGGCUGACGUUCCACCUCCUGAAAGACGUGCCGGGGCUCAUCUCCAAGAACAUCGAGAAAAGCCUGAAAGAGGCGUUCGGGCCGUUGGGGAUAACGGAUUGGAACUCCAUAUUCUGGAUCGCGCACCCCGGUGGGCCCGCGAUUCUGGACCAGGUGGAGUCCAAGCUGGGGCUGGAGGCCGAGAAGCUGCGCUCCACGCGGCACGUGCUGAGCGAGUACGGCAACAUGUCCAGCGCCUGCGUGCUGUUCAUACUCGACGAGAUGCGGAAGGCCUCCUCCAAGGAGGGGCUAACCACCACGGGAGAGGGCUUGGAAUGGGGGGUGCUCUUCGGGUUCGGGCCGGGCCUCACGGUCGAGACGGUCGUGCUGCACAGCGUCAACAUCAAUUGAAGUGGACCGGAUCGUACUUACUGCCCGGCCCGGCCUGGCCCGGCCCCCCGACCGUUUGAAUUUAUUUUAUUACUAUUACUAUUAAUAUUACUAUUACUAUUGCUAUUAUUAUUAUUGUUAAUUGGGUGUUAUGUUAUCCAAGAAAAUGGUAUGUGGGGUUCUCGAACCAUAAAUCAAGUUGUUGUGCGAAGACAUGUUAAUUAUGUUUGUCUAUUAUGAAUGACCAAUCGUUUCGAUGUGCAUUAUGUAAGUUUGUAAAUUUUUCUUUAAAUAAGACAUAUCAGUAUAGCAUCAAUAUUGUUUAA